AUGGCUUGGGGAAACUGGACUUUCAACUCUGACUUCAUCCUGCUAGGAGUUUUCGAUCACAGCCCCAUUCACACGUUGCUCUUCUCUGUCGUUUUCUGCAUCUUUAUGUUGGCUCUCCUGGGAAACUCAACCAUGGUUCUCCUCAUCUACCUGGACAGGCAGCUCCACACCCCCAUGUACUUCUUCCUCAGUCAACUCUCCCUCAUGGAUCUCACGCUCAUAUGUACCACGGUGCCCAAGAUGGCCUUUAACUACUUGUCUGGCAACAAGUCCAUCUCUCUGGCAGGUUGCGGCACCCAGAUAUUCUUCUACGUGACUCUACUUGGUGCCGAAUGUUUCCUCUUGGCCUCAAUGGCCUAUGAUCGUUACGUGGCCAUUUGCCACCCACUAAGAUACCCCGUUCUGAUGAGCCAGAAAGUCUGUGCUCUCAUGGCAGCUGCUUCCUGGAUUCUUGGCUCCCUUGAUGGCAUAAUUGAAGUUGCAGCCACAUUAUCUUUUUCCUAUUGUGGUGCCCGGGAAAUACCUCACUUUUUCUGCGAUGUUCCUUCCCUUCUCCCUCUCUCUUGCACGGACACGUUGACCUUUGAAAGGAUGAUCUUUAUUUGCUGUGUGGUUAUGCUUCUCUGCCCUGUAGCUGUCAUCAUUGCGUCUUAUGUGCGUGUUAUUGUGACUGUCAUCCGCAUGGGAUCUGGGGAGGGUCGCCACAAAGCUUUCGCCACCUGCUCCUCCCACCUCAUGGUGGUGGGAAUGUACUAUGGUGCAGCCAUGUUCAUAUACAUGCGGCCGGCCUCUGGGCGUUCACCCACCCAGGACAAGAUGGUGUCUGCCUUCUACACGAUCCUCACGCCCAUGCUGAACCCCCUUAUCUACAGCCUCCGCAACCGAGAGGUGACCAGAGCUUUCAUGAAGGUAUUAGGGAAAGGCAAAUCUGGAGAGGGAGUAGUCUAG